AUGUCCUGCCAGAUUCCUCCUGGAAAAAAAUUUCUGCUCCUGUCCCCCUCCAGGUCCCAGGUUGCCCAUGUCCAGGAAACGAUGGAUUCCCCCAUCCAAAUCUUCUCCGUGGUGUGUGUGGGUGGAGGAGUGGACCCUGGUCCAGGCAGGGGCUCCAGGGAAGAGAAGGCGUCACUUCCGGGGGCCUUCACCAGUGUCUGGUGGCUCCCUUCUCUGAUUGGGCAGAAGUGGCCCAGGCAGGCGUAUGACCUGCUGCUGUGGAGGGGCUGUGCCCCACCGCCACAUGUCUUCCUACCCAACUGCUCCCCAGAGGGCUGCCUGCUGUGCACUUGGGUCCUGGAGCCCUUCUCCACCCGGAUAGAUUCCUCAUCCUUGGCCUGCCUUUGCCCCACCCUACUCUGCCCAGAAGUGCAAGAGCCCAAGCCGCCUCCAUGGCCCCAGGAAGGAUUCAGGGGAGAGGCCCCAAACAGGGAGCCACGCCAGCCAGACACCCCGGCCAGAAUGGAGCUGACUGAAUUGCUCCUCGUGGUAAUGCUUCUCCUAACUGCAAGGCUAACGCUGUCCAGCCCGGCUCCUCCUGCUUGUGACCUCCGAGUCCUCAGUAAACUGCUUCGUGACUCCCAUGUCCUUCACAGCAGACUGAGCCAGUGCCCAGAGGUUCACCCUUUGCCUGCACCUGUCCUGCUGCCUGCUGUGGACUUUAGCUUGGGAGAAUGGAAAACCCAGAUGGAGGAAACCAAGGCACAGGACAUUCUGGGAGCAGUGACCCUUCUGCUGGAGGCAGUGAUGGCAGCACGGGGACAACUGGGACCCACUUGCCUCUCAUCCCUCCUGGGGCAGCUUUCUGGACAGGUCCGUCUCCUCCUUGGGGCCCUGCAGAGCCUCCUUGGAACCCAGCUUCCUCCACAGGGCAGGACCACAGCUCACAAGGAUCCCAAUGCCAUCUUCCUGAGCUUCCAACACCUGCUCCGAGGAAAGGUGCGUUUCCUGAUGCUUGUAGGAGGGUCCACCCUCUGCGUCAGGCGGGCCCCACCCACCACAGCUGUCCCCAGCAGAACCUCUCUAGUCCUCACACUGAACCAGCUCCCAAACAGGACUUCUGGAUUGUUGGAGACAAACUUCACUGCCUCAGCCAGAACUACUGGCUCUGGGCUUCUGAAGCGGCAGCAGGGAUUCAGAGCCAAGAUUCCUGGUCUGCUGAACCAAACCUCCAGGUCCCUGGACCAAAUCCCUGGAUACCUGAACAGGAUACACGAACUCUUGAAUGGAACUCGUGGACUCUUUCCUGGACCCUCACGCAGGACCCUAGGAGCCUCGGACAUUUCCCCAGGAACAUCAGACACAGGCUCCCUGCCACCCAACCUCCAGCCUGGAUAUUCUUCUUCCCCAACCCAUCCCCCUACUGGACAGUAUACACUCUUCCCUCUUCCACCCACCUUGCUCACCCCUGUGGUCCAGCUCCACCCCCUGCUUCAUGACCCUUCUGCUCCAACGGCCACCCCUACCAGCCCUCUUCUAAACACAUCCUACACCCACUCCCAGAAUCUGUCUCAGGAAGGGUAAGGUUCUCAGACACUGCCGACAUCAGCAUUGUCUCAUGUACAGCUCUCUUCCCUGCAGGGAGUCCCUGGGAGACAACUGGACAAGAUUUCCUACUUUCUCCUGAAACCCAAAGCCCUGGUAAAAGGGAUACACAGGACUGAAAAGGGAAUCAUUUUUCACUGUACAUUAUAAACCUUCAGAAGCUAUUUUUUUAAGCUAUCAGCAAUACUCAUCAGAGCAGC